AUGGCGUUGACGGCGCCAGGAUUGUUGGCGGACUUAGCGAACAAGUACGACCAGUUCAUGUCAAUGCGCGACCCCAGAACAGUGGGCUGGGGCCUCACGAGGGAUCUCAAGUUUAUCCUCCCGAUUUCACUCGGGUACCUCUACAUCGUCAAGGUUUGGGGCCCACGAUGGAUGGCUCAGCGCAAGCCCUACAAGCUCAAGUCGGUCAUCACGGCGUACAACCUGUUCCAGGUGAUCGUGAACGGCUUCUUCUUCGUCCAGUACGCGCGUCACUCCUACGUCGGAGGCGGCUACAAUGUGCUUUGUCAGGGUGUGAGCUACUCCAGGGAUUCCAACUCAAUGGUCAUCCUCAACCUUUCUUGGUGGUACAUUUUUGUGAGGAUUGCGGACUUCAUGGACACAUUCUUCUUCGUUGCCACCAAAAAGUUUUCGCACAUCACCUUCCUGCACGUGAUUCAUCAUUUUCUUGUAGUUCUCAACGGCUGGCUAUGGCUUACAUUAGGCAGCGAUGGUCAUAUUGUCAUGGCACUGUGUUUUAAUACCAUGGUCCACGUAAUCAUGUAUGGUUACUACUUUUUAUCGGCUCUUGGACCCAGAGUUCGGAAGUACCUCUGGUGGAAAAAGUACCUCACUGGGCUCCAGAUUUUUCAGAUCGUUUUCCUCACCUUACACAUGUGUAUACCUCUAUUCUACGAGUGUGGAUAUCCGAAGAUCCUCAUACUGUUAGCUGUUCCACAGGCCCUUAUGGGUCUGGGACUUUUUAUUAAUUUUUAUAUUCAAUCGUACAUAAGUAGAGGAAGGCCAGACCUUUGCAUUUCGCAAGCUAAUAAAGUGGAAUAA